AUCAUGUGCCAUCUUCCCCUGAAGAGAUUGUCUGACUUAUCUCUUAAUUUUUGUCUUCUAGAGCAGAGAAAUGUGGAAUAUGGCUUGGUAUCUGUAAUCUGGUUUAUUCAAGAUACUUUUUUAUCUCAAGAAAAUAGAGGAAAGUUUAUAUUCCUCACAACAACAACAAAAAAAAAAACAAACCAAAACAGGAUCCUAAAAAGGGAGGUGGCUGUGAGUCCAAACUGUGGAGUUCUCUGCUGUCCUGGAGGGACCUGCUGCAGGAUAAGCCACAGCAGAGGAUUUGUAUGGAGCUGGUGUGUCUGCUGGCACCUUUUCCACCCUCCUCCUGGAAGAACCGGUGCCUGAAAGCACCCAGGCUUUCCAGAUCAGUGCUGGAGAAGCCCUAGCCUGAGGUGCUUAACCUACAAAACUGGAUUUGCUCUGACGUGCUCCUCUCCUGCAUGGGGGGAGAGGAUUCUUAUCCCUCGUGUCCCCUGGGCUGCAGGACCAGCUGCAGGUAGAGCAUGGGAAGUAAUCAAAUUGUAUUUCCUUGGCAAUCCCCAAACCCAGUAGAACUUUAUUAGUGCUCCUUUAUGGUUGCUGAGGCUUUGGCCAAGCCAUGCUGCUGCUGCUUUUCCCCCUCGUGCUGCGAAUGUGCCCACUGCGGGAUCCCGAAGGGUUUUGGGGGGUGCUAUUCGCUUUUCCUCGGUUCCUGGCGGAUCCCACCGCUGUUCCCACGCGGGGCUGCCCCGAGGAGCCCCGCCCACCUCAUGCAUAUUCAUGUAGCAUCAUGCAAAUUCAUGCCCCUCCCACGUGUGCCGGAGCCGGGGGCGCUGCCACCCGCAUCGCCCGCGUGUGCCGGGAACCGGGAUCUGGGAUCGGGAUGGGCAGCGCGGCCGGGCCGCUGCGGGUGCUGGUGGACAUGGACGGAGUCCUGGCCGACUUCGAGGGCGCGGUGCUGCGGGAAUUCCGCGCCCGCUUCCCGGCGGAGCCGCGCGUGGAGCUGGCGGAGCGCAGGGGCUUCUCGGUGCGGGAGCAGUACCGCAGCCUGCGGGAGGACCUGGAGGCCAAGGUAGCCAGUGUCUAUGAGUCCCCUGGCUUCUUCCUGAGGUUGGAUCCAAUUCCAGGAGCCCUGGAAGCUAUGAAGGAGAUGAUCCACAUGCAGGACACCCAGGUGUUCAUUUGCACGAGUCCUCUCCGGAAAUAUGAGCACUGCAUCGUGGAAAAGUAUAAGUGGGUAGAGAAACAUUUGGGGCCCGAGUUUGUGGAGAGGAUUAUUCUGACCCGAGAUAAGACCGUCGUAGCUGCUGACCUGCUGUUUGACGACAAGGACACCAUCCAAGGUGCAGAACCGAACCCGAGCUGGGAGCACAUCCUGUUCACCUGCUGCCACAACAGGCAUGUCCAGCUGGCGGCCCCGCGCCGGCGCCUGCUCUCCUGGGCGGACAAUUGGAAGGCCAUCCUGGAAAGCAAGCGCAGGCAGUAGUGCAGGAAGGGGAUGCUGUGCCCUUCCCAAUGCCAGGGAAACCCGUUCCCAGGAGCCAGUGAGCACCGUCACCUCGGGGUCAGUUAUAAUAACGAAUGAGCUGCCACUGUCAGACUUGGUACAGAGCUGACUCUCUCCACGUUUCUGGAAGAUUCCUCUGCACUCAGUUAACCUCUGUAGCAUUUUGGAUGUUUGCUGUUUGGAGAAGAGAAACUGUAAAACACAAGCAGCUGUGGGUUGGUUGGAUUUUUGCGUGUGUGUGUUUAACCUCGCUCCUGUUUGGUUUGUGCUGUCUGGGGGUGGAGAGGAGGAAAAAAGAGGAAGAAGGAAAGCUCUUGAAACUUGAGCAGACACAGCGUGGGUGUCUGUCAGGGGGCACUGGGCUCAACAGCCAAACCUUCUAAAUUUUAUGUAUUUAGCCACCCUGGCUUUUGGGUUUUCUCUUGCCUCAUUGGCUGAUCAUGAAAGGAGACCAAGCUGGCCUCGAUUUCUGGCCCAUGUGCUUGAGUAAGAGUGGGCAAAGGCUGCAAGUGCUGCAGAGAAAUAUUUAUGAGCUCAUACAGAACUGAUUACACAGCAUUCAAGUUAAUGUUUUAUUAAGAGAAGGUUUUACAAGACAGCAGCUCUCAUGAGCCAGACUGCUGUGAGCCAUUUUUUUUUAAAUCUUCACCUUUCUCACCAGUGGUAAUGAAAGAAAAACAACUUUCCACUUCUUGAUUUAAAGGAUAGUUACAGCCUGCCCUGUGCAGUGACUCAGGAGCCAGGUGCCUAUGCCACGAUGAGAGGGUGGCAUAACUAGUUCCACAGGGAUGUAGAAAGAUUGUGAACUGCCAGGGCAGGAAAACUCCUUCUUUCUCUGCAGGAGGAAUAAAUUUCUGUGACAUUUUCAAGUCAUUUGAGUUGACACUCCGUGUCAGUUGUCACUGACACUGAAGGGGAGACCUGCAGCAAAAUCAGCCAGGAACUGGAGGGGAUAUAAGCUGCUCAAUAACCCAAGCAGAAAACCCCUCACUGCUGGGAAGGGUUAUUUGUGCAAGCUGGCUGCUGGGUUGCACUUGGCAAACUGCUCUCCAACAGCCAUAACCUGCUUUAUCUUAAAUAUUUGCUGGCAGUUUUAGCUGCAUGCUCGGUCCAGCUGCCAUGGUAGUGCUGCACCAUCAUCUUUGUUAACUAAACCCCAGUGCUGGUAGGACCAGCUUCCCUCUUUCACAUUUUUUGACACGCUCUUGACCUGCUGAGCAAAAAGUGAGAACAGAGGGCAGUUUCCCUCUCAAACAGCUUCAGUCCUUGGGGAGGGGGAUCCCCACUGCUGUGUGUUUGCUGAGAUUCCUGGCCUCCUCCACCUGAGGAGGGGAGCAGUAAUCCUCCAGGAAGAGGGUUGCCAGGUUGCUGAGCCGUUUGUUGGCCGAGAGGGAGAAGCGGAGCAUGCACUCCACCACGGGCAAGGCCGUGGUCUGGUGCCGUGACUGCGGCGUCGUGAGGAACAUCAGCGUGGUGACAGCUGACACCACAGUCUCCUCGUUGGGGCUGGACAGGCAGUUGAUGAUGGGCUCCACCCCGUUGGCCUCCAGGAUGUACUCUUUGUUAGUUUUAUCCAGGCACAGGUUACAAAGACCACCUGAAACGGCAAAAGAAAGUGUCUGACAAGGCAAACUCUCCACACCCUGGUCUUUGUCGCAAUCAGAUUCAAAUUUAAGCUCGUCCUGUCUCUAACACAGAAGUAAGUAUCGAGAUUUUCUGUGAGGUUUGGAUGGAAAAUUCUUCACAGUUCCCUAUGCCAUGUUUUGUUGAUGCUUUCCAGAGAUUUUCCACCAGCACAUUCCUCCUCCUGUGUGUCAUUAGAGGGCACUGUUACUGCUGCACAUAACUGCUUCCACAGAAUGAUUCCAGGAUUGCUUAUCCCUAACUGAGGAUACCAGCCAGCAAUUUACUGCACGUGUUUUAGAAAACCAGAGAAUGGACAUAACAGUGUUGGGCAAGAGGCACAGAAUGUUUGAACUUGAAACUUUGAGAAGCCACAAACCUUAACAAUCGAGUAUAUUUAUUAUCAUCUCAUAGAAUCCCUCACAGGAUCUGGCCCCUUAUCUUAUGUUCAGACCAUAAAAAAUAAAGCAUAAAAAGAUCAUAAGAAGACCAUAAAAAGAUAAGGCAGUUUCUCAGAGAAUUUAUUAAAAAGUGUCAAGUAAAUAUUCUAGAAGACCAGCUGUCAAUAGCAGAACGGUAACAAUGGACCUGUACAAUAUACCUGGCUAAAUUUAUGUAUUAAUUAUUGCUUCUCUAUAGGAGAGAUUUUAGAAAAAAAGUCAAUCAGGUAGUGUUUACUUAUGGUCUAGGGAAAAAAAAAAAAAAAACCAAACAAAAUCCUUUCCAGAAAGUGCCUUCAUUAAGCUCUAUCAGGACAGGGGGGGACAUGCCUGCCUCUGACUUCUCUCCCUAUUCCACACGUUCUGCACUAAAUGAGGUUUUAUCAGCACAGUGUGGGUCUAUUUUUGGAGCCUGAUUGCUGAUCCAUUUUGCGGGGGGGGAUUAACCACCAAACCAGGUGUGGGACCUGGUGUCCCCGGACCUGCCAGGCAGGUGCCAGCUGAGGGUGUUCGGGGCAGCCCUUACCAAUGGCAAACUCCACGAGGGUCUCGUUGUCCUCGGUGAGCAUAUCCAGGAACAGAUCCAGCACCUGGAGCUGCCGCAGGUACUCGUAGUUUUUGGGAUCGUAGGCGAAGUUGGCCAGGUUCGCCAGCACCUGCUCCUUGGCCUCUGCAAGGGAGAAGCGUCAGGUGUGUGAGGAAACACUCAACAUGAGGGGAGUGAGCGAGCAGCGGUGUUUGUUACCUGGGCUGUCCGUCACCUGGAAUUCGGUGACGAGCGCCUGCAGGUACUCCAGCCGCCCCAGCUCCAUCGCGGGCCCGCCUGUGGGACACCUCGAUGGGCUCCCCGUUCCCCUGGAACCCCGGGCAGUGCUGAUCACGGACAGCUCAGGGACCGGGUGUGCCGUGGGAUGGAGACAAACCGGCCGCUCCAGGCCGGCGAGGAAACACCACCAGCCGCCAUUUUGUGGGCGUGACACGGCGCGAGCGUCCCCCUCAGGCGGGGCGGGGGCGGCCGCCAUUUUGUGGGCGGGCGGCUCCCUCUCCCUUCAGGUGUGUGUGGGGGCGGCUCCUCCUCCCCUAGCUACGAGCCAGGUCUGCAAACAGCAAGCCAAGCUCUUAAAUCAAGUGAUUUUGCACUUCUGAGGUUUUUUAAGAGCACAGAAGCUGAGCCCCAUAAAUAAUGCAGCAGAUAUCAGAAAGAAGCUCGAGGUGUGGAAGACGUAGAGGAAAUCACCGGUUAUGUCUACCAGGAAACCUGAAAUAGAAGCCAAAGAGAAGAUGCACACUAAAGGCAUAAAUUGACACGAAUGUUAAACCUAAAUAAUUCAGUAAAUUGCCAUACACAAAAGGUAA